UUUUUGGGGGGGGGGGGGGGGGGAGACACGGCUGCGCUGAAAGCCAUGAGUCUUUUUGGGCUGGGCAGGAAUCAACGUACGUUCCGUCCAAAGAAAAGUACUCCGUCCGGGAGUAAGGGGGCUGCUCUGCGCAAGCACAUUGAUGCCACACUCGGUAGUGGAAACUUGCGAGAGGCUGUUCGCCUCCCUCCCGGUGAAGAUCUCUACGAGUGGUUGGCUGUCAACACUGUGGAUUUUUUCAACCAGGUGAAUUUACUCUAUGGAACCCUGACAGAGUUUUGCACUCCCGAGAACUGCCCUACUAUGUCUGCUGGACCCAAGUAUGAGUAUCGAUGGGCUGACGGGGUUACGAUAAAGAAACCUUUGGAAGUUUCGGCACCAAAGUAUGUGGAAUAUCUAAUGGACUGGAUAGAAGGACAGCUUGACGAUGAAGCCAUAUUUCCUCAAAAAAUAGGGGCUCCGUUUCCUUCGAACUUCAGGGACGUUGUGAAGACUAUUUUUAAGAGACUGUUUCGGGUUUAUGCUCAUAUAUACCACUCACACUUUCAGAAGAUUGUCAGUCUCAAAGAAGAGGCCCAUCUGAAUACCUGCUUCAAGCAUUUUAUCCUUUUCACCCAUGAGUUUUCGCUGAUCGACAAGAAGGAGCUUGCACCACUUCAGGAGCUGAUUGAAUCGAUUUUCGUACCCUAUUAACCAUGUUGCCCUUUCUCGUGUCAACUAUUCUUCUCCUAGUUGGGAAUGAUGAUUUUCUGCAGGAAAGUUCCGGAAAAUGCAUAGCCUGUGGUUGAACCAGUAGAAGGUGGUGUUGGCUCUGUGAACAGCUGUGUUGAGUCGGUACACGAAGAUAGUGUCCACCUACUAUGGCUUGGGCAAUUUUUAAUUGAAGUUAACUGGCAGAGAAAGAGACUAUAUUUGUGGUCUUCUUGACCGCUAGUUGGUUGUUAGGGACUGGCCUGAGGGAGCGGUGGCACAAUAAAGGUCUGCCAGCAGUCAAUGUAGAAAUUGAAUAUGCAUUUAUCCUCAACUACCUAGAUUGAAAUAUUUCUUUGUUCAGUUCAGGAGCCUCCUCCAGUACCUUUCAACUGAAUAUACACGUACUUCACUUGGAGACUCUUUCUCUCUCCUCA